AUGACGUCAGCGGGGCUGGCGCACGGCGAGGAGGUGGUGCUGGACCUGCGGCCCAACCGGCGCCUGCUGGCGCCCGGCUUCGUGGUGGAGCGGCGAGCUUCUACGCAGACGACGACAAUCGAGACGUACCUGCUCACCAUCAUGAAUGGGGUAGCACAAUUAUACCACGAUGCAAGUAUCGGCAACGCCAUAAAUGUCAUCCUGGUCCGGAUACUGAUCCUGGAAUCCAUCGAGAAUACGACGUUGCAUUUUAACAUCAGUGAGAACGCUGACAGUUCUCUGAAGAGCUUCUGUAGCUGGCAAAUCAAAAUGAACCCCUCCAACGAGAGCCAUCCCAAUCAUCAUGAUGUGGCCGUCCUGCUUACCAGACGGAACAUCUGCGGCGAGAACGAGACGUGCAGCACGCUGGGCCUGGCCGAUGGUGUCAGGGCAUGUGCCAGCCCACCCGCAGCCUGCAACAUCAACCAGGACACGGGCCUCGCCGUCUCGUACACCAUCGCCCACGAGCUGGGCCACAACUUCGGCAUGAACCACGACGGCCCGGGCAACGGCUGCGACCAGCCUGACGGGCAUCAGCAGCACGUCAUGGCGCCCAACCUGGUCAACGACGUCACCCCUGUCGUGUGGUCUAAGUGCUCCAGGCGCGAAAUCACCAAGUUCCUUGACCGUGACUGGGGACACUGCCUGGAUGACCAGCCCACCGACCAUGAGUAUAGCUACCCCCAGGUGCCGCCGGGAGCCCUUUACAACGCCGACCACCAGUGCAAGCUACUUUACGGUCCCGCCUCCCACUGCGAUAUGGGCAACGUGUGCGAGACGCUGUGGUGCCGCGUGCAGGGUCGCUGCGUGACGGAGCUGGAGCCCGCCGCCGAGGGGACCAGGUGCACGCCGCUGGACGGCGGCCCGCUGGCCAACAUCAGCACGUGGUGCUCAGCCGGCGACUGUGUGGAGAUGCGCAGCCGGCCGCGCGCCGUGGACGGCCGCUGGGGCGACUGGGGCGCCUGGGGCGCCUGCAGCCGCUCCUGCGGCACCGGCGUGCAGAGUUCGGUGCGCCACUGCGACCAGCCGGUGCCGGCCAACGGCGGCAAGUACUGCGUCGGCGAGAGGCGCCGCUACCGCACCUGCUCGGCUGAGGCGUGUCCGGAGGAAGGUGUCACGUUUCGGGCGCAGCAGUGCGCCGCGUUUGACUCCGUGCCGUACCAGGGCCAGAACUAUACGUGGACGCCCGUCUACGACCAUGCGGUACCCUGCCAGCUCACCUGCCGGCCGACCGAGCACUUCACAGCCGUGCUCUCCGACACGGUGGCCGACGGCACGCCGUGCCGGCUCGGCACGCACGACAUCUGUAUCAACGGCAAGUGCAUGGGCAUCGGCUGUGACGGAGUGCUGGCGUCGGAGGCGAGGGCUGACCGCUGCGGCAUGUGCCACGGCAACGGCAGCCUCUGUAACACCGUCAGGGACCUUCACCGCUAA